AUGCCUUCGUACGAAGAUGCUUCAGAAGGCCAGCGUGCACACCAGGCAGACAUCGAGAAGCAGACAUCACAGCAUAGCCGCACCUACCACGACGGCAACCGGCGUCUCAGCACGUUCGACAAAGAGGACCCAUUCGGGGACGAGAGCGAUGCAGAGAUCAAAUACCGCACGAUGUCCUGGUGGCAGGCGGCGAUGGUUAUGAUCGCGGAGACGAUAUCGCUGGGUAUCCUGUCAUUGCCGUCUGUCCUCGCAAGCAUUGGCUUGGUACCUGGUCUUAUCUUGAUUGUGAGCCUCGGUCUCAUCGCGACAUACACGGGUUACACGAUGUAUCAGUUCAAGCUCGUCUAUCCCGGCGUACACAAUAUGGCUGAUGUUGGUGAGGUUCUCAUGGGACCUAUUGGCCGAGAGGUUCUGGGUGCGGCUCAGGUGAUCUUCCUCAUCUUCACCAUGGGAAGCCACGUCUUGACUUUCACUAUUGCCAUGAAUGCUAUCACUGGGCAUGCGACCUGCACUAUUGUUUGGGGCAUCAUCGGUCUCGUCAUACUGUGCAUUUGCUCAUUGCCCAGAACACUGAAGAAGGUCUCAUAUAUGUCUAUUGCAUCAUUCAUCUCCAUCUUCAGUGCCGUUAUGGUUACCAUGAUCGGAGUUGGCAUUGAACAACCAGACCCAGUCGUGCACGCCACCGUGAAGACGGGUUUCGCCUCGGCGUUUGCGAGUGUGACGAACAUUAUCUUCGCCUACGCAGGACACGUGGCGUUCUUCUCCUUCAUAUCCGAGCUGAAGAAUCCAAAGGACUUCCCGAGAGCCCUGAUCUUCCUACAAGCUUGGGAUAUCACCCUGUACAUCAUCGUCGCACUCGUAGUGUACCGUUAUACGGGUCCAGAUGUCAAGUCGCCCGCGCUUGGUUCGGCGAACAAUGUUGUGAAAAGGGUUGCAUAUGGCAUCGCAUUGCCGACGAUCAUUAUUGCUGGCAUCAUUUACGCCCAUGUCGCAGCAAAGUACAUCUACGUGCGCAUCUUCCGCGGCACCAAGCACAUGUCCAAGCGCACCUGGCUUGCAGUUGGCUCAUGGGUCGGUAUUGUGCUCUGCCUCUGGGUCAUCGCAUGGAUCAUCGCAGAGAGCAUCCCGGUGUUUAACGACCUGUUGUCACUGAUCUCGUCGCUGUUCGCUUCGUGGUUCACAUACGGCCUUUCGGGCGUGCUGUGGCUGUACAUCAAUCACGGUCAGUGGUUCAAGAACUGGAGGAAGACGAGCUUGACGGUGGCCAAUUCACUUAUCUUCUGCCUUGGCGCUGCAAUCUGCGGCAUCGGGCUCUAUGCGAGUGGAGUUGCGAUCAAAUCAGAUGCUGGCAGUGGAGGCAGCUGGACUUGUGCGGACAAUCAAUCCACUGGCUGA